AUGCAUUUCAAAAAUCUUAUCAUUGCGCUGUACGGCGUAGGAGCAUCAUGUUCUGCUCUGCGACCACCAAUUGAAAGGCGCGCGACAACAGAAAUUCCUUCAGACUCGUUCAACUCUCUCGAGACAUACUGGAAUUACCUGUAUCCUUGGGGAGCCACACACAAUGGCGGCGCCCGAAUGGACAAGGAACACGUCUCCGUCGCUGAUGGUGUUCUCACUCUGACUGCUGAGCCACGAGAUGAUCAAGAAGAUCCCAUCCAUUAUCUCUCUGGAGCAAUUCACGCCAAAUCAACAUUCACUGUUUCUGCUGGUGGUGGUUAUGAUAUCAGUGCUGAGUUCAUUGCUCCAGUUGAUAGAGGAACCUGGCCUGCUUUCUGGCUCAAUGCUGCGAGUGGAUGGCCGCCCGAGAUUGAUAUUGCAGAGUGGAAAGGCUCUGGAAAGAUUUCUUUCAACACAUUCAAUACCUCUAAUGAGGUAACUGCACUUGAUAGGGACUAUCCUAAUCCCGAGGAAUGGCACUCUGUUCGUGCUGAACUGCGUGAUGAGAACGGUCAUGAUGUGAGAGUCAAGUUCUUCCUCGAUGGUGUUGAGCAGACUACGCAAUAUGGUCGUGACUACAUCGGGGCGGGUUUGCGUCUGAUCGUCAACUAUCAGACUGAAGGAUCUUCUGGAUCACCUGGUCCCACAACACCGACAACUUUUCAAGUUCGAAAUGUUGAGGUCAUCAGUCUCAACUAG